AUGGACCAAGCACGCGAACAUCAAGGUAACCAAUCAACCAAUGAUUCUAAUCACAACGAAAAGAACAAUGAUUCAACUGAAAAAAUAACAAAUACUGAUUCUGCAGGCGAUAUUCCAACUAUGUUUAUUGAUUUACCAAAACCAGUUCUUAUACUAGAUCCAGAAAGAAAUUAUCACGCAAGCAAAUCAGUUACACAAGAAUAA